GAAAAAGCCGAGCCUAGCCAACCACACGCCUCCGCUCGCUGCCAAUUCCUCCACGUCCCGCCGCCUCAUUUCCUUCUCUCACCCACGUCCCCUUUGUCGCGCUCUGUGCAAAGCAGCUGCAACUACACUACGGCACCGAUUUCACCACGGCCAGAGGCGUCCGCUUUCCGUCGCGACUUUUACGAGCACUCAAUCGGCACUGCUUCAGUCUGCUCUGCCGACGACACCUCAUCGUGGUGUUCGGGCAGCCAUCGCCACCGCUCCCUUCCUCUCGCUCCGCUCCCAACGUCGCAAUCUCCCAUCGCCCAGCAUGCCGCAGUACACGUCGCGUGACGUUGGCGACCCGUCGCAGAUCAAGAAGAAUAAGCAGUCAAUGGCCGACCUGAAGCUGCGGCGGUUGACGGAGCUCAACAAUCGUCUUCGCGAGGACCUCGAACGCGAACGCAUUCCCGUCAGCACUGCGGCCAAGAGCAUCAUUGCCUACUGCAACGGCACGAGGGACUACAUGGUUCCAUCCGUCUGGGGCGCCGUACCCAAGGGCGAGGAUCCAUAUGCCCCUCAACAAUCGGGCGGUUGCUGUGUGGUCAUGUAAAGCAGUAGUCUGAAGUGGUGGUGAACACGAACAGCAACCACGAUGAAAACCCUCAACGAGAGUUAUGAUGGAUUUCUCGCCAGCGAUCGGGACGAAGAGGGCGCCGGUCGUUUUGGUGCUUUGGCUCGCGCCACCCAGCGCGUAGCAUUUCAAAAGGCCCUUAUUAUGGGCAGCAUUUAAAUCGACAUGGCACUGGAGGCAUGACCUGGCACUGAACCCCGUCUGGACGAGGCGCGAGAAGAUACCCCCGAAUCGGCGCCUCUUGAUUGCCAGGGAUGGGAUGGGAUAGCAGGUCUACUGAAGAGCAGCAAACGGGCGGCGUUUGCCGCAAAUUCCUGACCUGUGUCCCCGGCCAACUCUCGGAUCUCUCGCCCGUCCUUCGCCUUGGCCUGGGGAGCGAGUGGGAAGAUGAGGCGACCCGAGAGGAGACCAACGGCUGAACGGGAAAAGUUAUGCAGGAGAGCCCGCUAUUCAGCAUGUAUUAAUUCCCUUUUCUCACCGUCUUCUAUGUUGUCUUUUUUUUCUUUGCAGCUCUCUUGCUUGGUAUGCUGUGCCUUUUCUAUUUUACCUCGAGAUGGUCAUGUACCAGUGUAGUCGUUUGGUGCAGCGUGGGCAUUUGGUAUCGCAGCGAGGAUGAUGAAUAGGGUAAUAUCAUGCAUGCUCAGAUCAACUGCCGCGGCUCGCUGGGUGAGUGAUGAGACUUUCAACUGACGAUGAGUGUUGCGUCGGCGCUGGCUUCCCACGGUCGGGGGGGGGGGGGGCACCUCGAUGACGCCCCAUGAGACUGGUGUGGCUGACGCCAAGGCCUUUGAGCGGCCUUUGAGCGGCCUUUGAGCGACUGUCGGGCUAUGCGUGCUUUGUACAUGCGUACGAAGUAUGUCAAUAUAUGCUUGUCGUAGGCAGGCAGUCGAACCACGCAUGCAAGGCUUCGCGAGUGUCGUUCCUCGGCUGCUUGAGUUUCGUCCCGCGGCGGGUGUGGGUGAUGGCAUAAGAGUAAAGUGAGAGGGCAUGAGAUCUGCCAUAGCGGCAGGCGACGACCCCAUGAAAAUGGUUCCCGUCUUUCAUUGUCGGCCUCCUUGUAGGGCGAAUGUUGCUCGUCGUCUUGUCGUAGUAGUGAAGUGACACUAGAAUAAGUGGAUCGAGUACCUGGCAAGCAAGCCUG